CGUUUCAUAAAUAUUCGAUGGCCUUUCCGACAGGGUAAUGUGCCUCUGUGACAUUAAAGAGGAAACUCUGCGAAGGGGAGGGAUGACAACAAAUUUAUCCACCAAUAGCACACUCUUUUGGCACAAAAGCACAUUCUUAUCUUUACAUCCCAUAAUGAGAAGGCAGGGAAGGGACUGUUGCUACAGCUCUCUGGGUGGGUAGAUGUACAGUGUAAGAGAAGGGUGGCUGUAAAGUGUUAGAUUUUUUCCCCCCCCGCCUUUGCAAGCAGAAGGACCCGUGCUUGCGUUCCUGCUGUGGUUUUCCUAAGCCCCUGGUGAGGAGGACUUCUCGCACGAUGUCAGACUGCGAGGGACUGCCUGUGGAUGACAGUGCCUCUGCUGCAAGCAGUAUGGAGGUAACGGACCGCAUUGCCUCUCUGGAGCAACGUGUCCAGAUGCAGGAAGAUGACAUCCAGCUGCUCAAAUCUGCCCUUGCCGAUGUGGUUCGACGCUUGAAUAUUACAGAGGAACAGCAGGCCAUGCAGAACAAGAAAGGACCUACCAAAGCAAGACCGCUGGUACAAACCCUGCCUUUAAGGACUACUGUUAAUAACGGAACUGUGUUACCAAAGAAACCAAGUGGCUCUUUACCUUCCCCGUCAGGAACCAGAAAGGAAACUGUAUCACCAGCAGCAAAAAGCACCGUUAAGAGAACCAGUUCAGCUGAGCGUGUGUCCCCAGGCAGUCGGAGGGAAAGCUAUGGAGAUUCCAAAGGGAGUCGCAACCGCACUGGAUCCACCAGCAGUUCAUCUAGUGGUAAAAAGAACAGUGAAAGCAAACCCAAGGAACCAAUGUUCAGUGCAGAGGAAGGAUACGUAAAAAUGUUUCUUCGUGGACGUCCUGUUACCAUGUACAUGCCCAAAGACCAAGUGGAAUCUUACAAUUUGGAAGCAAAAGUAGAGCUACCAGCCAAGAGGCUUAAACUGGAAUGGGUCUAUGGAUAUAGGGGUCGGGACUGUCGCAGUAAUCUGUAUCUUCUUCCAACGGGCGAAACCGUAUAUUUCAUCGCAUCUGUAGUUGUGUUAUUCAAUGUUGAAGAGCAACUUCAGAGACAUUACACUGGUCAUAAUGAUGAUGUGAAGUGCCUGGCUGUCCAUCCUGAUAGGAUCACUAUAGCAACAGGUCAAGUUGCAGGGACAUCCAAGGAUGGAAAACAAUUGCCACCACACGUGCGUGUCUGGGAUUCUGUAACUCUGAAUACACUACAUGUCAUCGGAAUGGGGUUUUUUGACCGAGCUGUCACUUGCAUUGCUUUUUCUAAAUCUAAUGGAGGAAGUAGCCUGUGCUCCGUGGAUGACUCAAACGACCAUGUGCUUUCUGUGUGGGACUGGCAGAAAGAAGAAAAGCUGGCAGAUGUCAAGUGCUCUAAUGAGGCUGUAUUUGCUGCAGAUUUUCACCCUACUGAUACAAAUAUAAUAGUUACUUGUGGAAAAUCACACCUUUAUUUUUGGACACUAGAAGGGAAUUCCCUUAUUAAAAAGCAAGGAUUAUUUGAGAAACAAGAGAAGCCAAAGUUUGUCCUGUGUGUGACCUUUUCUGAAAAUGGUGAUACUAUUACAGGAGACUCAAGUGGAAACAUUUUGGUUUGGGGCAAAGGUACCAAUAGAAUAAGCCACGCGGUUCAAGGGGCGCAUGAAGGUGGAAUAUUUGCGCUGUGUAUGCUGCGAGAUGGCACACUAGUAUCAGGAGGUGGAAAAGACCGAAAGCUGAUAUCUUGGAAUGGAAAUUACCAAAAACUUCACAAAACUGAGAUUCCAGAGCAGUUUGGUCCAAUAAGAACAGUAGCAGAGGGAAAAGGGGAUGUUGUAUUAAUAGGAACCACUAGAAACUUCGUCCUACAGGGCACGCUAUCAGGAGAUUUUUUCCCAAUUACCCAGGGUCACACUGAUGAGCUUUGGGGACUUGCAGUCCAUUCCUCUAAACCUCAGUUCUUCACUUGUGGACAUGACAAACACAUUACCCUCUGGGAUGCUACCACUCAUCGUCCUAUCUGGAACAAGAUUAUAGAGGAUCCAGCACAGUCUUCAGGUUUUCAUCCUUCAGCAUCUGUUGUUGCAGUAGGGACGCUGACGGGCAGGUGGUUUGUGUUUGACACAGAAACAAAAGACUUGGUCACUGUACACACAGAUGGAAACGAACAGCUGUCUGUAAUGCGUUACUCACCAGAUGGAAACUUCUUGGCAAUAGGUUCCCAUGACAACUGUAUUUAUAUAUAUGGCGUAAGUGAAAAUGGAAGAAAGUACACUAGAAUUGGCAAAUGUUCGGGUCAUUCCAGCUUCAUUACUCAUCUGGAUUGGUCUGUUAAUUCACAAUAUCUUGUGUCUAAUUCAGGAGACUAUGAAAUCUUAUACUGGAUCCCCUCUGCUUGUAAACAAGUUGUGAGUGUUGAAACAACUAGAGAUCUAGAAUGGGCCACUUACACCUGUACUUUAGGAUUCCAUGUUUUUGGUGUAUGGCCUGAAGGUUCAGAUGGAACAGAUAUCAACGCUGUCUGUCGAUCACAUGGGAGAAAACUGUUAUCAACAGGGGAUGAUUUUGGCAAAGUACAUCUCUUCUCAUAUCCAUGCUCACAGUUUAGGGCUCCAAGCCAUGUGUACGGUGGACAUAGUAGUCAUGUAACUAAUGUAGAUUUUCUCUGUGAAGACACCCAUCUCAUCUCCACAGGCGGAAAAGAUACAAGUAUUAUGCAGUGGCGAGUCAUUUAAAGGAAACAUCAGUGUGAACGUACGCAGUUGAGUCGACCAUGCACAGAACUUAUGUAUAAACUGUAUAUUUAAAACUUAACAGUAUGUUUGCAGUUUAGCCUGGUCACUGUGAUUUUUUGUUUAAAAAAAUUCUUACAAACCUCAGGAAAAUUAAGCCCUGUGCUGGUUACCUUACUCAGUCUAGUGAUUUUUUUUUUUCAUUGUGUCACACCUUAAGAAUGAUCGUUUUCUCUUCUGUUGUACAAUAUACAACGCAGUACAAGUUUAAUAUAAGAAAUGUGGCUUGACAGUUUGC